UCCUACUGCAUUAGCCUCCGGUAGUUUGAAUUUGUUGUUUCAAAAUCCAGGCAUGUCAAUUCAAGAUAACUCUAUCUCAAUUUUGAAAUCUAAUUCAAUCAAAGACCCUGUCUCAAACCAACUUGAACUUCUAUUAAUCAAAAAGCUCUUCGACAGUGACCAUACAUUGCCAUCCAUUUCAAAAAAACUCAAACUUAGGCCGACCAAAGAUUGGUCGUCGUCGCAAACGCCAUUGAUUUUUUCACCCCAAGAUAGAAUUAGCCAUCUCCCUGACUCAAUUCUCUCUCACAUUCUCUCUUUUCUCCCCACUCAUUUAGCUGUCCGUACAACCAUCCUCUCUAAGAGAUUCAAUCCAGUAUGGCUUUCUAUCCCCACUUUCAAUAUGUUUGACUUGUACCGAACCGCUCUUCUACAUUCAGCCAUGCUAGCCAUGCUAUCUCGUCACACCAAAGUGCCAAUACUAUCCUUCCGCCUCAAGUGUACAUUUCCCGAAGUUGUCGACGACCUUAUCUUGGCAGCAGCUACAAAAGGAGGAGGGGUUCAAACCAUACAACUUGACCUCAUGUAUUCAUCUUUAGAGAUGAAAACUCUUUCUAACUUACACUCUUGUAAGACUCUCACUGUCCUCAAACUCACUAACGUAGCCAUUAAGGAAAGCCUUUCUCAAAUAAAACUUUCUUUUAUUAAAACUCUUCAUUUGGUCGAUGUCAUUUUCAAACUAUCACUACAUAUGAUCAACUUUUUCUUAGGCUUUCCCGCUCUGGAGGAAUUGCAUACAGAUCUUGUAUAUGUACUUGGCAGGAUGGAUUUUGUUCCAUACCCAAUGGUUAAAUGUUUGCCCAACUUGCUCACAGCUAAUAUCUCCGACAUUGAGCUUACUCCUUUAUUCCAUCAUUCCAGGUCACUCAUUCUCAAUCUCAACAAGAGACCGCUGCUCCACAUUAUGCAUUUCCCCGUCUUUUACAAUCUAACUCGAAUUGAGCUUGUUAUUAACUUUGAACAAACUUGGCAUGCAAAGUGGAAAUGGAUACUAAAAAUUCUUCAACAGAGUCCCAACCUUCAGCACCUCAUUAUUCACCAAGAAACAGAAACUGAAAAUGGAAUCGAUGAGAAGAAUUGGGAGGAUCCACCUGUCGUUCCAGAAUGUCUUUUAUCUCAGCUCAGAACUUGUUUGUUUAGACUCUGGAGAGGCACAGAGUGUGAGCUUAAAUUUGCAGACUACAUUAUGCGGAACUCAAAAGUAUUAAGUUCCAUGACAAUUCGCUGCUCCUCUUCCAUAAGCAAAAACACAAAGGAUGAAAUAUUACAUAAAUUAUCUAUCUGUCCAAGAGACUGUAAACUUAUAUUUUCUUGAUUUGAUUGUUUCUGAAACACUAAGAACUAUGUUUUAUUUUGUACUAGGAAGUUGAUCUAAUGGCUAUGAUUAACUAGUAAUG